CUGAGAAGGGUGCCUGCUCCUACAACAUGGGAGCUCCCAUCGACUUCCCGAAAAACAUUGUGGGCACCGUCAGCCGGAAUACAUGCUCCGCCCGCCCAAAUAUCUGCGUCAACUUGUCUGGCCACAUCAAGUGACUGAAGUACAAAAGCAAGAAACAAUUAAACCCAUUUCAAAAUAAUAAAGCUAGCUGAAAGCCUAAAAUUGGCUUAAAUACCUAUGUCGAUAAGGCUUCAGUUGGCCUAUAAAAGAGCUAUUCCGUUCAAGUCCAAAACAGUUGACUCAGAAUGUGGCUACCUAUCUUUCUAGUGGCACUGCCUUGGUGGACUGUGGCGGAAGGACGUCCCCCGUCGUUGUCCAAUCUUACCCGAAUUGUUGGAGGGUCUUCAGUGGAGAUCAGCAAGGUGCCCUACCAGGCGGCCAUCAUCUUGGAUGGAACCAACGCCUGCAGUGGCGCGAUCAUCAAGAAGAGCUUUGUUUUGACGGCGGCCAACUGCGUGUCGGGAUACUCGAAGAGGUCCAUCAAAGUGCGAGUCGGGACCACAUCCUUGAACUCUGGAGGUACCUCGGCCAAGGUCUGCAAGGUGAUCAGCCAUCCCUCCUACUCCAGCUGGCGAUUCGACAACAAUCUAGCGAUCCUGAAGCUCUGUGAACCUUUGAAGAUCUCCUCCUCCAUCAAGCCAAUUCAGAUCACCGACAAAGUGCCAAAGAGCGAUAUUCAGUUGCAGGUCACUGGCUGGGGAUCCACCUGUUGGUGGGCCAGCUGGUUGAACAGAUGCUUCGGCAGCCGGCCGAGUAGGUUGCGGAUCGGCUUGACGUAUGUCUACGAUCAGGAAGACUGCGCCUCGGAUCUCGGGGGCUGGUUCGGACUCUGGGACAACGGCAUCUCGGACCUAACGCUCUGCACCUGGGACUCCGAAGUGGGAGCGUGCACCUACGACACAGGGGCUCCGCUGGUCAAGGACAAAAAGCUAGUGGGCAUACUCUCUAAGGGCGGGUGCACCAACGAUGCGGAUGUCUAUGCCAACGUGCUUGAAUUCAAGAGCUGGCUAGCUGACAACACCAAGGACGAUUCUUCAACAACCGAGUCUUCGACGAGUACAACGUUUUCUUCGACUUCUGGAGGAAGCUCUAGCAGCACAAUUUCUAGUAGUAGUAGCACUAGUAGUAGCUCUAGUAGUAGUAUUAGUAGUAGUAGUACUAGUAGCCCUAGUAGCACUAGUAGUACAGGUAGCUCUUCGAGUGGUUCAACGGAUUCCUCCUCUACAAGCACUAGUAGUAGCUCCACUAGUACUACAAGUAGCUCAUCGAGCAGUUCAACGGAUUCCUCCACUACAAGCACUUCUGAAAUCACUCCCACAACUUUUACCACUCUUACAAGUACUAUUACUUCUACCACUUCAACAGAUCCAACUCCUACAGAAGCCCAACCAACGGAAGCCGAUGCUACGACGAUACAAGGAUUUUAA